AUGGCUGAGCGUAAAAGUUACUUAGAUUGUGAGAAUCGUCAUAAAAUUGAUGGUAUGAAUAAAAACAUUAUAAGUUCUAAACAGUCAGUUGAAAGUUCGAUAAAGGCAACUGAAAGCUCGACACAGCAAAUUGAAGGUUCGACAAAGCCAGAUGAAGGUUUGAUACAGCUAGAUGAAAGUUCGACUCAGCCAAUAGAAGGUUCGACACAGCCAGUUAAAAGUUCGAUACAACCAGUUGUAUGUCUUAUUCAGCCAGUUGACAGUUCGACAAAGACAGAUGGAAGUUUGAAACAGUCGGCAGAAAGUACGACAAAGCCAUGUGAAAGUUCGACACAACCAGUUGAAAGUUUAACACAGCCAGAAGGAAAUAGUAGAACAAAUGGUUCGGAUGAAAUCUUUGAAAUGUUUUGUGAAGUUUGCAUGAGAGACGGAAUACACGCGUCGGCGUAUGCUUUCUGCACUUCUUGCGUGGCGUACUUUUGCUCAGCAUGCCUUAAACACCACGGGAAAUUUUUGCGAAAGCAUAAGUAUAUAAUCGGAGACGACAUGUAUUUGGAUUUAUGUUCUGAAAAAUGUAAAACCCAUACCAACGAGAUAGUAAAGUUUCAUUGUGAUACGUGUGGAGACUUUGUUUGUACAAUUUGUAAAGAAGAUUUGCAUACAGAUUCAUGCAGUCUACAAUAUUUACCCGACUUACUGAAAGGUCAAGAUUUUGAAAAAGAAUUUGAAUCGGUACACUCACAUCAUAAAACAUUUAGAAACAGAGUUUCAGACACAGAAGAAGCUGUUGCUACAAAACUUGAUCAUUUGAACAAAAUUUCUUCAGAAACACAUAGUGUAAUUAAGCGAGAAAAGGAUAGUGGUUUUGAAGAGUUUGACAAACAAGCUGAGGAUAUUGAAUCUAUGAUCCAGAUGAUCAAGAAUCAUGAUUGCACGAUUGUUGAUUCUCUGAAAGAAACAAAUGAAUCGUUGACUCUAAAAAUCGAUAAGCUGUCAUUAAGUAUCAAAACGCUAGCAUCAAUUCCUGGCCACAAAAAAUAUCAGGUGUUCAUAGAAUUAGAACAGCUUAAAUGUACAAUUAAGAAAGCAGAAGAUUGGAUUGAAAAAAUAAGUAUCUGUAGUCCUGAAUCAGAUUUAGAAGACAAAGUUAAAAGAAUAUCUAAAGAAGUUGGAGACUUUGGAACUUUGUUGCGACAGAGUAUUCCACUAAUAGUAACAAAGGAAGCCGAGGCAAAACAAAGAAAGAAAGCAUGUGCUUUGGAUGAUAUAAACGUGGAAGCCGAUACAGAUGAGGAAAAAUGCAACAUAAUUGACUGCUGUUUGUUGUCUGAACAAUUCCUUGUCCUGUGUGAUAAGAGUAAUUGUUCGCUCAAGUUAUUUGAUGUAAAACUUAAUCAAAUCGUUCACGUAAGGUCUGUUGACUUUGCACCAGAAACUGUUACAAAAAUAGAUGAUCAUCAAAUUGCCUUUGUCCGAGGCAGUUAUAUGUGUACCAGUAAGAUACAGUUUUUAACUUUAACGAAGUUCCAUAAACUGAAAUUCCAAAAGCGAUACAUAACUACAGAAAUGACUUGUUAUACUGCUGUUUACCUGAAAUAUGACAGAUUCAUAAUUUCAAUGUGUCAGGACAAUGAAGGAAAAGUUCAAAUUAUUGAUAUGGAUGGUGAUGUAUUGGUUAAUAUUGAAACAGACAGUGAUGAAGAAGACAUAUUCAAAAAUCCAUACUGUAUAACGGUAAACGACAAUGAAACGUAUGCAUAUGUUAGUGACUGGUAUAGAGACAAGGUAAUUGAAAUUGAUCUCCGAAGUUAUAAAACCAGACCAGUGGCCUAUAUGUGGCACCCAGAAGGUAUAACAAUUGAUGAUGAGGGAUUUUUGUACAUCAUUGAAGCUGGUUCUGGGAAAAUAGUCUACUUUCAUCCACACCGUGACGAAUCCGAGAAGGUUGCGUUAUUGCAAACACGUCCAAACUAUUGGAAUCCAUCUGGCAUUUGCUUCAGCUCAGCCGAGAAGAAGUUGUACGUUGGCCAGACAGGUUAUGAUGCAAUCAAAGUGUUUAAAAUUACAUGA